UUGUUGUAGUUGUAGAUCGAUCACAUGACCUAAAAUAAUAUUCUUUGCCUACAACAACUUUCUUUAACACAGCGGUUGCAGUUUCAUUUCAAAGCUCUGUUCACUGGCUCGCACAAUAAUAUAUUAUGUACAGGCCAGUGCUUCUAUGUUUGGUGUCAGCUGUGACUUUGCUCUGCUGUGUUGAUGGUCAUAGCUCUCACAAUGUGAAACGCUAUGAACCAACCUGGGAAUCUCUGGAUGCUCGCCCUAUACCUCAGUGGUAUGACGAAGCCAAGAUUGGGAUCUUCCUGCACUGGGGUGUCUUCUCAGUGCCAAGCUAUGUGGGAGCUUGGUUCUGGUACUGGUGGCAAGGGCCACAACCUAGGUUUGACAUUGUUGAGUUUAUGCAGCUAAAUUACCCACCGGGCUUCACAUAUGCUGAUUUUGCACCAAUGUUUACUGCUGAAUUCUACAAUCCCGAUCAAUGGGCCUCUAUAUUUCAGGCUUCAGGUGCACAGUAUGUGGUUUUAACUACUAAACAUCAUGAAGGCUUUUGUUUGUGGCCUAGCAAAUAUUCUUGGAAUUGGAACGCAAUGGAUGUGGGACCUAAUCGAGAUCUUGUUGGCGACCUAGCUGUAGCUGUUAGAAAACAGGGGCUCAAGUUUGGGACAUAUCACUCUCUCUUUGAGUUUUUCCACCCACUUUUCUUAAAAGACCAAGAGAACAAUUUCACCACCCAAGAGUUUGUCAAAUCCAAAACAAUGCCAGAACUAUAUGAACUGGUGAACGCAUACAAGCCUGACCUAGUUUGGUCAGAUGGUGAAUGGAUGGCACCUGACACGUACUGGAAUGCCACAAACUUCCUUGCUUGGCUUUACAACGACAGUCCAGUGAAAGAUAGAGUUGUGACUAAUGACAGAUGGGGCUCUAAUACAAUGUGCCAUCAUGGGGGAUAUUACACUUGUUCUGAUAGUUUCAAUCCAAAAGUAAAACAGGCCCACAAAUAUGAAGAUGCCACUACUAUGGACAAAGCUGCCUGGACCUUCCGUAGAAAUCUCAAGCUUUCAGAUGUCCACACAAUGGAAGAGGUUGUCACUUUGAUUGCUGAGGUUGUCAGCACUGGUGGGAAUUUGUUGAUCAAUGUUGGACCAACCAAAGAGGGGACCAUCCCUCCAAUCUUUGAGGAGAGGCUCAGACAAAUGGGAGAAUGGCUGAAGGUCAAUGGUGAGGGGAUCUAUGCCACCAAACCAUGGAGCCACCAGAAUGAUUCUCUCAAUGGAGAUGUUUGGUACACCUCUAAGAAAGCUGAGAAUGGAACCAGCGUGUACGCAAUCGUCCUCAAGUGGCCCAGUGGUCCCAAACUUGUACUGGCUGACCCCAAAACAUCGGAUCAAACUGUGGUUACACUCUUGGGCUACCCAGACCCAUUCAAGUGGUCCCAGACAUCUUCUGGGCUGGAGAUCACAAUUCCUCCCAUUACUAUUAAUAAAAUACCCUGUAAAUGGGGUUGGGUGUUUAAGCUCACUAAUAUCUACAAUUGAACUCAUGCGAUAUUAAUCUAGGGAUGCUCUCUCUGACUAAAGCAGUUAGUAGACACUUCAUUCUUAGGUUGGUCCCAAUUUUAUUUGUGUGAUGAGUUUUGCUUUUUCCUUUUUGUGUUCUUAUGGUUAACAUAAUUGAUUACAUUAGUAUUUUAGUACUACAAAAGUUAUUUUCUAUAAUGAAUCACUUGCACAAUGAAUGUUGUUUUUUUUAAUUAAAAAAAAAACAGUUCUAUGUCUGUGUAUUUUCAUAUACACACAAAAUAUAUUUAUUUAGAUGUGUUACUUCGGUUUUUGCCUUAAGUUAAGAAAAAUUGUAUUCAUUGAAUCUCAUUUUGUUUCUUUAUUAAAGGAUGUUACUCAUUGAUAAUUUCUUUUUGGGUCUAAUUUUAUUGGAGUAAAUACAUUUUUCAAUUGGUGGAUUUUGAAAUAAUGUUAAAAACUAGGCAUAUUAGAAAUGAAGUUUGCACAAUACCUUUUAUUUUUAAUCAAUAAACUAAUUAACUUGUAUGUUUCCGUUAACAAUAGUGAUAUUCUGUUUUCAAAGGUUACAGUUUUCUUUUUAAAUUGAUUGGAGUAAUCAAACCGCAUAUAAAACUAAUAGACACUGUUUUCAUUGAAACAAUUAUUGAAUUCUUGUAAUAAAAUUUUACAUAAUUUUUUAAUUUAGAUUGGCACAUUAUGGUUCUAAUUCUGUGGGGUAGUACUUAAAUAAUGUAUCGGAUUUUUCAUAAUUUUAUGCUUGUUUUAGUGUGUUUACUGUUACAUGCUUGUGUGUGUUAUCAUUGGAGCAUGGUGAUAUUAAAAACCCCCCUGUAAUGCUCAGUCUUUAUAGAAAUUAUUUUGUUGUAAGUUUCCAUCGAAGGCAUAAUAUUUUAUCAGCAAUUAAAGAAGUUGAAAUGUAUUUUAGUUACUGCUGUUUUACAUUUAAAGAGCCAAUGUUUCUUUUAGCCAUUGAGAUUAACCAUAAAAGAUGCAGUAUAAAUAACAACAUUCCAUAUCUGAAUUCUUACCAAUUUUGUACCAUUAUAGUCAUGUCUUGUUCCUAUAGCUUACAUCACUGUUAUGUAAAUUCUGCUGCAGAACUUUAAAGUCGAAUUUUAUUUUAUUUCUAAAUAUGUGCUUAUAAUGGCCUAUUUUAUCUAUGUUUGCUUUAUAUAUAUCACUGCUGACAUUACCAAUAUAAUAUAUAUUUCUAAUUUAUACUUCUUACAUUCCUAAACAUGAUCCAAUGCAACUCACUGUAUUAAAAAUGUGAGUUGUUGAGACAGUCUGCAAGAAAAAUCUGUUCUCAUAUAGCCUAUUUGCCAGUUACAUCAUGAGUUUUAAUUACAUGUUUUUUUAAAAUACAAGUUUAAUGUUUCAUUUUUGCUUCAGCUUGUCUGAUUAUGAAUUUAAUAGGAAAUAACUGUGGUAUUUUAUACAGAUUUUUGUUUUAAAACGUGACUUUUUACAUUUUCUAAAAUAAAAGACAAAAAUAGAGGUGUUCCU